AGAGACAUUUGGUCAGUCUACCCAAUAAAAGAAGACCUUAUCCUAUCUCUUAUCUUACUCACAGCAAAGCCACCAAAAAUAAUUUCUGCAAUCUCACCAUCCAACUGCCACUCUUCUUACUUUCUAAUAAACAGAAACAAAGAAGAGCCCAAAGACUGAUCAGAAAAAGAAAAAAAAAUGGCAGCCUCUUUACAAGCAGCUGCUACUCUUAUGCAACCAACCAAGGUUGGUGUUGUCUCAGCCAGAAACAACUUGCAGUUGAGAUCAUCUCAAAGUGUGAGCAAGGCUUUUGGUGUUGAACCAGCUGCUGCUAGGCUGACUUUCUCUUUGCAAUCUGAUCUAAAAGAUUUGGCUCAAAAGUGCACUGAUGCUGCUAAGAUUGCUGGAUUUGCUCUUGCCACUUCUGCCCUUGUUGUCUCCGGAGCAAAUGCUGAAGGAGUUCCAAAACGUCUAACCUAUGACGAAAUUCAGAGCAAGACAUACAUGGAAGUUAAGGGAACUGGAACUGCCAACCAAUGCCCAACAAUAGAUGGAGGUGUUGAGAGCUUUGCCUUCAAGCCAGGCAAAUACAAUGCCAAGAAGUUCUGCUUAGAGCCCACUUCAUUCACCGUCAAGGCAGAGAGCGUAAGCAAGAAUGCACCCCCAGAAUUCCAAAAAACCAAGCUCAUGACGCGCUUAACCUACACUCUUGAUGAGAUUGAAGGACCCUUUGAAGUAUCCCCUGAUGGUACCGUUAAGUUUGAGGAGAAAGACGGAAUUGAUUAUGCUGCUGUUACAGUUCAGCUUCCUGGUGGUGAGCGUGUUCCCUUCCUCUUCACAAUCAAACAGCUCGUGGCAUCUGGAAAGCCCGACAGCUUUAGUGGCGAGUUCCUUGUGCCAUCUUACAGAGGGUCAUCAUUCCUUGACCCAAAGGGAAGGGGUGGAUCCACUGGUUACGACAAUGCUGUUGCAUUGCCAGCUGGAGGCAGAGGAGACGAGGAGGAGCUCGAGAAGGAGAACGUAAAGAACACUUCGUCUUCAACAGGAAAGAUCACACUGAGUGUUACACAGAGCAAGCCAGAGACUGGUGAGGUGAUUGGAGUGUUUGAGAGCAUUCAGCCAUCUGAUACUGAUUUGGGAGCAAAGGUACCUAAGGAUGUAAAAAUCCAGGGUAUCUGGUAUGCUCAGCUUGACUCAUAGAGAGUGGAUGAUGUCUUGGUUUUUAAUUUUUGUUCUAAGUUACCAAGGUUUGAACUUGCUGUGACCCAAUUGGACGAGUAAUGAGACAACUAUCUUGCUGUAUAUUAUAAAGCAUAAGUAAUAAUCCAUUCUUAUAGUGAGUUGCAAAAUGGUUUUAACGCUCAUAUUUACUUAGAAAGAGUGCAUAGUACUGCUCAUCUCAGAAAAGUAUAAACGCUCUAUGUUGCUUA